AUGUCCCAAUCCUCAUCUCGACAACCCGAGAAGCAUGGCGAAGAGAAGUUCCAAGCAGCGCCUGGCACUGAGAUUCUUUUUGACAACAGCGACCAUGGAAGCAUUUCCGACCGACUUCAUCAGCUGAAGCAUCGCCCGCAUGGAGAUGGACACAUGCUUCUCGUCCCGCAGCCGUCCAUCAACGAUCCGAAUGAUCCUCUGAGUUGGUCGACGACGAAGAAAAGUCUCACUUUGUUUAACGGCUGCUGGUUUGCCUUUAUGGGGGCAAUUACCGGGCCCAUCAUGGCAGCAGGCAUGACCCAGCUGUCUGUCACCUUCGGCAAAAGUCUCCAGGAACUGACAUAUGCGAACGGUGCUUGUCUGAUCAACCAGGGUGUGUGGAAUCUGGUAUGGAUGCCAUUCGCCGUGAAGUAUGGCCGCAGGCCGGUCUACCUGUUCUCCAAUAUCCUCAUGGCUAUCGCGUGUAUUUGGCUGGCCGUCGCGUCUGACAAAACCUACACUGUAUUCUUGGUCGGGCGCGCUUUUCUAGGGGCCUUCCAGGCCCCAAUCGAGUCGAUUGUUCCCUCCACAGUCACCGACAUGUUUUUCCUGCAUAACCGUGGCGAGCUCGUGGCUAUCUACGGUCUUGCUGUGCUGGGUGGUAAUGAGCUGGGACCUAUGUUCUCGGGAUUCAUCGUGCAAGCACUGGGAAUGGGCUGGGCGUUCUGGAUCGUGACCAUGUUCGUGGGUGCGAACAUCAUCUGCAUGUUUUUCUGGAUGCCAGAAACCAAGUUCACUGGUCCUCGCCCUGACCCGUUCCAGUCAAGUCAGGCAGGCGAAGACUCAGACUCGAAAGAACCAGUUCUGAUCCAUGAAUCAAGCCCUGUGCCCAAGAAGACAUUGACUGAAGAGCUCAAGUUUUGGAGCAGCGGUGACCCGAAUGUCAAUCUUCUCCAUGUCUUCCUUCGUCCAUUCGUUCUACUAGCAUAUCCCACUGUGCUGUGGUCGUGCUUUAUUUACGGAAUGGCUCUGAGUUGGAACGUCAUCCUCGGUGCCUCGGUGGCCCAGCUCUUUGCACCACCGCCAUAUGGAUUCAAUUCCAACGGACAGGGUCUGUUCUUCCUAUCGCCGUUCGUUGGGUCUCUUUUCGGUGUCUUCUUCUCUGGGCCGGUCAGUGAUUGGAUCGCCACAUUCUUCACGAAGCGCAACAACGGUGUCCGUGAGCCGGAGAUGCGACUGCCGACUUGUCUGCUGGCGGCCUUUUUCACUUUCUUCGGAGCACUGUGGUUCGGACUCUCGUAUGAGCAUCAAAUGCAUUGGGCAAUGCCCAUUGUGGGCGCAGGCAUACUGUCGGUAGGAAGUCAAAUGGGCACUACCCUUGGAAUGAACUACGCCCUGGAUUGUCAUAAAGAGCUUUCUGUCGAGAUUAUGGUUACCAUUGCCGCCUUGAAAAGCUGCAUUGCGUGGAUUUGGACUUGGGUCAUCAAUGACUUUAUCACUGCCAGCGGAGUGCUCAGUGUGUUUAUGACUGUCGCGGCAAUCAAUGUGGCUGUUUAUCUGGCCUAUAUUCCCUUCUAUCUCAAGGGGAAGGACAUCCGGAUUUGGCUGCACCGGAAGGAUUUGCUUCGGGCCGCUGGUCUCUAG